CAGACGUGCCGCUGCGCUGCUCACCGUGCGUAAGUAGCAGCGACAGAAGGAGAAGAGGAGGGAAUGUCGGCUGCUGAAUGAUCGCUGUUUGAGGCGGCAGGGAGCGUCAACGUUAUGGCUCAGCAAAAGAAUCUGGAAGGAUAUGUCGGCUUCGCAAGCCUCCCCAACCAAGUGUACAGGAAGUCUGUGAAGAGGGGCUUUGAGUUCACCCUGAUGGUCGUCGGUGAGUCAGGGUUGGGCAAGUCCACGUUGAUCAACUCUCUGUUCCUCACAGACCUGUAUUCAGCAGAAUAUCCUGGACCUUCACAUCGAAUCAAAAAGACCGUGCAGGUGGAGCAGUCCAAAGUUUUAAUAAAAGAAGGUGGCGUCCAGCUGCUGCUCACAAUAGUUGACACCCCAGGGUUUGGAGAUGCUGUCGACAACAGCAACUGCUGGCAGCCGAUCAUCGACCACAUAGACAGCAAGUUUGAAGACUACCUGAACUCAGAAUCCCGGGUGAACAGACGACAGAUGCCUGACAGCCGAAUUCACUGCUGCCUGUACUUCAUCGCCCCCUCGGGACACGGACUGAAGCCCUUGGACAUCGAGUUCAUGAAACGGUUGCAUGAGAAAGUCAAUGUCAUCCCACUGAUCGCCAAAGCAGACACCCUCACCCCCGAGGAAUGCCAACAGUUCAAGAAACAGAUCAUGCGGGAAAUCCAAGAGCACAAAAUCAAGAUCUACGAGUUCCCUGAGACAGACGACGAAGAAGAGAACAGGCUGGUGAAGAAGAUAAAGGACAAGUUGCCGCUGGCUGUAGUAGGAAGCAACACCAUCAUCGAGGUGAACAGCAAGAGGGUCAGAGGGAGACAAUACCCCUGGGGGGUUGCAGAAGUUGAAAACAGUGACCACUGCGACUUCACCAUCCUCAGGGAUAUGCUCAUCAGGACUCACAUGCAGGACCUGAAGGACGUAACGAACAACGUCCACUAUGAAAACUACCGCAGCAGGAAGCUGGCCGCUGUCACCUACAACGGAGUGGAUAACAACAGGGCUAAAGGCCAACUGUGCACCAAAAGUGACACAGUUGAAGGAAUGAGUCCACUGGCCCAGAUGGAGGAGGAAAGGCGAGAGCACGUGACCAAGAUGAAGAAGAUGGAGAUGGAGAUGGAGCAAGUGUUUGAGAUGAAAGUCAAGGAGAAAGUGCAGAAGCUCAAAGACUCUGAAGCUGAGCUUCAGCGGCGUCACGAGCAGAUGAAGAAGAACCUGGAGGCUCAGCACAAGGAGCUGGAGGAGAAGAGACGCGUGUUUGAGGAAGAGAGGGCGAACUGGGAGGUUCAGCAGCGCCUGGAGCAGCAGAAACUGGAGGCCUCCAGGUACGGCCCACACUCACUGUCACUCUUCUCUCGGCCCGGCUGUCUGCUUUAACAAACAUUAAACACG